AUGAACAUUGUAACCAUCACGACCUUCUGCACCAAUCGACAUAUUUUUCGCCGUGGUGUGUACAGCCUUAUCAACCUUGCCGUUGCAGAUCUGUUUCACGGAAUAUUUGUUCUUCCUUUUUCGUUAAAUCCAGUAAUAUUCCUAGAAAGAGUCAUUAUYACUGGCGAUAAAACGUUGGAAACAUUGUUUGGAGCAUUGAUGAUGCUUUCCAUCACUGCUUCUGUUACAUCAUUAGCCGUCGUUGCUCUAGAGAGAGCCUUUGCAACGUUCAUGCCAUUUCAACACCGUGUCGCCAGUCCUAGAAUAUACGGCAUUGCAUUUGCGUGUACCUGGCUAAAUGCAAUAUCCUUUGCAACGGCACAUUUUCUUACCCCAGCCAAAUAUCACUACAUAAUGGUAUACAUACAAAAGGCCCUUGAAAUGUUGAUAUUGKUAAUCAUUGCCAUUUCAUACUCUGSCAUCUUUAUCAAAGUUAGGUACCAAAAUAAGCUGCACAGUCAMCAUCAAGGACAGACACAAACUGCUCAGAUGAGAGAAAGAAACAUGGCCUACACUGCUAUGUUAGUUACAUUUGUGUCAUUGCUUACGUGGUUGCCAAUAGUGAUAGUUUCAAUACUUAAGCUAACAUAUGUACACAUGUCUAAAGAUGUACUUUAUGUUUCAGSCUUUGUGAAUGGCUGUAACUUUUUUGUGAAUUCAUUGGUUUAUGCAUUAAGAAUGAGAGACUUCCGUAAGGCUCUGGUUCGCUUACUGUGCCCAUGUUCACGAGAUCAAGUAUAUCCAAUAAACAACAUCAUUGCCUAG